AUGGAGAGUACAGGAGUACACUUUAUGGACUGGCACUCGUUCUUAGGCUGUGGUGGCAGCUCCGUACAUUUGUGUCAGAGUCUCCGGGCCGGAAGGUUCCGCCCCAGCGGAAGUGGUUUCCGCCAGAAGUUGGUCAGCCUCACCCUGAAGGCUGCCUUGGUCGGCUCCUGGCUCCUGGGAAUAUUUCCCUUCACCUUCGACAGUUGGACUCGGAAAUUGCACCGUUCCAGAUGGCUAAUGGUCUAUGGACUCUUUCUGAAUGCAGGACUCGUGGCCCUGGUCAUUUGCAAUGACACCGAGGCCGAGAGCCAGGAGAGAAUGGAGGUGUUCCAUCGGAAUCCUUUGGCCCAGCAGAUCAACGGAAUCCACGACAUUCUGAGCCUUUUGAUGGUAUCCUUCAUGCUGUUGCGGGCCUACUGGAAAAGUGGCGAAAUCGAAAGGAUUCUGAAUGAACUGAUGGACCUUAACCACAGCCACUUCCGUCAUUAUGACUUGGAGGAGUGCUGCAGCUUCGACAAGUUCGUCCUAUACAAAGGACUCUCAGUAGUUUUAGAGUUUGCAUCGAUGGUGCUCCUGGAGCUCGGCAUGUCCCCAAACUACAACAGGCAGCUCUUCUUAGGCGUGACCAGCUUAUGCCUGAUGCUGCUGGGAGUCCUCCUGGGAGUCACCCACUUUCACUUCGCCGUCGUGUAUGUCUACCGAUAUGUGUGGAUUAUCAACAGAGAGCUCCUGAGGCUGGUCAAUCAACUGGCAGUGGGAAAUACUGUGGAAGCCUCCAGGGUGGACUAUCUGCUUAACCUCUACAAUCGCCUCCUGGAUAUUAAUGGCCGACUCGUCAAAAUCUACGACUACCAAAUGAUUAUGGUCAUGGUGAACUUCCUCUCCGCCAACAUCAUGUCCAUAUACUUUUUAAUCAUAUACGUCAUCAGUCUGAGGAAGGAGAUUGAUGUGAAGCUACUGACUAUAAUCCCCCAGGCCCUGAUUGUCAAUAUUUUCGACUUCAGCCUUAGCAUUGCAGUUUGUGAUUUGGCUGAGAGAACCGGAAGGCAGACCUCAACCAUCCUGAAGCUGUUCAAUGACAUUGGGAACCUGGAUGAAAAGGUGGAGCGAAGUAUUUCUGACUUUUCCUCCUUUUGCAGCCAUCAGAGGCUGAGAUUCAGUCACUGUGGCCUGUUUUUUGUAAACUACGAGAUGGGUUUCCGCAUGACUAUUACCAGUUUCCUGUACCUCUUGUUUCUCAUUCAGUUUGAUUUUUGGAAUUUGUGA